AUGGCACAUUUGCAUCGACUUAUGUUUCUUGAUUUAAUUUUCAACAGCUUCAGCGGGGAGGCUCCCUCUUGGGUUGGGUUUUUACACCAACUUCAAGUACUAAACCUUGGAAAUAAUGGUUUCACUAGUUCCAUCCCUUCUUCAUUUUCGAAUAUUUCCAAACUUGAGACUUUUAAUCUGAAAUUCAAUUCCAUAGAGGAUCAAAUCCCAAAAGUGAUUGGAAGCCUUAUAAACCUUAAAGUAUUAAACUUGAGGGGUAACAAGCUCGUAGGCUUUAUUCCUAUAUCUCUCUCGAAUGUCUCAAGGUUGGAGACUAUGGAGAUAUCUUAUAAUUCACUUCAAGGAAACAUUCCAGAAGGUAUCGGCAAUCUUCACGACAUGAAAGUGCUAUCCAUACAAGUUAAUCAACUUACAGGUUCUAUAUCUUUCACAAUUUUCAAUAUUUCAAGAAUUGAAGUCAUUGCACUUGCCAUCAAUAGCUUAUCAUGA